AAAAGUCUCAAUUUUGCUUAGAAAACGAAACUAGAAAUGUGACUAUCAGCUGUAUAAUUAUUUUUGGCCAUGUCCUUUGUAUUUCGUAGUGACUGUCUCUAUCUUCAAGUACAUAGUACCCACUGGGACUCGCUGAUUUCCGGUUGUAGCUUGAAGCGAUGAGCGGCGUGAAUCCACAACCUCGGGACCAUCAGCCCCAUACUGUGUACAUAGUGUCACCGUUAUCCCGCUUACCGGAACUUGUACGGACUCUCGUACCCGACCUGAAUGUCCUCAGUUAUCCAAUACCCGAGGAUUUCCGCAUAGAUCCAUCAGAAUAUUCCAAACUUGCAAAGCUCAUUGAUGACAGCAAGGCAGACAUUAUCAUUACUUUUCAUACCACAUUACGCAAUCUGGUGCAGAGUGGCCUCUCGUGUGAUGAUCUGCGAUGGUUCCAGUCAUGUAGCGCGGGUAUUGAUCAACUAUUUCGAGCAUUUCAAAAGCCACCAGAGCACAUGGUCUUCACACGUAUGGGUGAAGGGUUUGGGGAGCUCAUGGCCGAGUACGUGCUGGGCCAGAUUAUUUCCCGGGAACACUACUUCCCUCAGAUGGCGGAGUACCAACGACAGAAGGUCUGGAGCAGAUCCAAAUUUAUCCAGAAACGGUCUCUAUCGACCAUGACUAUUGGAAUUCUGGGAACUGGUGCCAUUGGCUCUAAGAUUGCUGCAGCAUGCAAAGCUUUUGGAAUGACCGUCAGGGGACUUUGUAGAACGAAAAAGCGAUUACCAAACUUUGACGUUCUUUUACGGAACGAAGAUCUCUCCAAAUUCCUCACCGGAUGUGAUUAUGUCUGCAGUAUUCUACCAAGUACAGCGGAAACUAAAGGAAUGUUAUCGGGAGAUGUUUUAAAAGCUUGUCAAGAUAAGAGAAGUGUGUUUAUCAAUGUAGGCCGAGGUGACGUCAUUGAUGAAGCUUCUAUCGUGAGGGCUCUCAACAAUAGCUGGAUAGGUGGCGCCAUUUUGGACGCCAUAGACAGGGAACCACUACCCGCGGACAGUCCGCUGUGGACACACCCAGAUGUCGUAAUAACGCCUCACGUAUCCGGACCUCCGUCCACAGACACGAUUGCUAGAGUAUUUGUUUCAAACUAUCAGAAGUUUAUCAGAGGGGAGCCUCCGGAUUAUAUGGUGGACUGGAAGCUGGGAUACUAGCGUGUUGUACACUGUAUAAUUAUGUAUAUCAUGUAUUAACCGAUACGUGGAAAUGUUCAUAUCUAGUACUACUUUAAAUGUGUUUGAACUAUUCUAGAUAAUGAUAAAGUUAUUUAACUUCAUCUGUAUCGAUACACAUUACAUAUGUAAUGUAUUUAUGCCGUUUUUCUGUCCAACUGUGUAGAAUACGUAACAAUGUGUGUUUCAAAGGUACUGAGUAUUUAUUUUAGAGGAAAAUUGUGAUGAUGCAUUAUUCAGGAAAUCAGUUCUUAUUUUUGUUGGUCAAGUAAGACAUUGAUCAAACUUUAAAAAAAUGAUGAAGUCAAGCUUGAGUAUUUUGUUUUCGUUAAUUAAUUAAGAUAAUUAAAACAUCUAAACACUC